AUGUUGUCCAGCUUCAUCCAUGUCGCUGGCUGGUCUCAGCACCAUCAGCCCUCCUCGCGGCCGUCAUCAGGCCGCUCCUUUGGUCAUCUCCGCUCCCUCUCCUCCGUCGCCCAUACUACCUCGGUGUCAUCCCCCCCUUCGCCCAGCCCCCCCAAGACGGGUCCGUUCCCCAAGUCGUCGUCGACGUCGCAGCUGCCAGUGGCCUCGCUCAAGGCGUCCCUCUCGGCGCCCAUCCUCGGGGGCAGCGAUGAGAUGAGCACCUUGCCCGACCCGCGGAGACGCGUUUCCGACUCGGCCGGCGAUGACGGACGCUCCAACUCGAUCCCGACCCAGCACCCCGACCUAACCGACGAGGUGGCAACCCUGAGCACCAAGCUCAUCAACGCCAUCAACCACCAGACCGUCCUCGACGAUACCUUGUCCGCGACUCGGCACGAGCUGCAAUCCGCCCGCGACCGCAUACGCGAGCUUGAGCGCCGCAACCAGUCGCAGCGGGACAUGAUGGCGGGCGAUGUCUGGGUCCGCAAAUCGAGCCUCGAUCACGAACGGAAAGCCAUGCUGGCGGACAAGAAGCUCAUCCAGGCACGACUCGCCGAGGAGACGGCCAAGCGGCUGGAUGUCGAGAAGGAAAAGAAGAAGAUUGAACAAGAGCUCGAGAACUUGACAGCCGCACUCUUCGAGGAGGCCAACAAGAUGGUCAUUGGGGCCAAGGAGGAGGCGCAGGUCCAGCACGAAGCGCUGCAGCGAAGAAACGACCAACUCAAGGCGCAGCUCACGGACUCGGAGAGCUUGCUCAAGUCACAGCAGGAACAGUUGUCCGAGCUCAAACAAGUCUUGGAGAAUAUGGCCACGGAGCGCGACGACUUGACGACGGGUACGACGGCGCCGCCUUCCCCCGGGGCGCCUCGCUUCGACGCUGCAGAGGCCGUCGCCGCUGCUUUCCCGCCACCCGCCGACGCCUCCUCCGCCGACAGCAACGCCCCGUGUCCCCCCAUGAGCCUGCAGCACCUCCUCCAGCCCGUGCUGCGCGUCGAUCUGGGCUCAUUCGAGGACUUCAUGACCCUAGCCCACCUGUCACACCAGCGGCGUGGGAGUCGCAUCUCCUCGGGCUCCAUGGGCGGGCUGGCGUCUUCGACCCUUGGCCUCGGCGGCGGCGGCGGCACCACCUUUAGCGCCCACCAAAACGCAUCGACAGCCUCGUUGAGCACCGCAACAGCGAGCAGCAGCGCUCCCCAGUCGCCCAACACGCCCGCGUCCACAGCCAGCAUGGGCUCCACCAGUCUCGGGGGUGCCCCGAUACCAAACCUCAAGGACACCAAAUUUUACAAGCGCGUCCUGUCCGAGGACAUUGAGCCCACACUCCGCCUGGACACGGCACCGGGGCUAUCGUGGCUCGCGCGAAGAUCCGUGUUGGCGGCGAUUGCCGACGGCUCGCUGGUGGUGGAGCCCGUGCCGCAGGUUGCCACGACCUACGUCGCCGCCAGACCCCAGUACUACCCGUGCUCGUUGUGUGGAGAGGCGAGGAAAGACGAGGAACACCUGCGCAGGCAUCGAUUCCGUACGAGCGAGGCGGAGUCGGCGCAGCGCUACCCGCUGUGCAACUACUGCCUGGCACGCGUCCGCUCCACGUGUGACUUCCUGGGCUUCCUGCGCAUGGUUCGGGACGGCCAUUGGAAGACGGAUGACGAGAAUCACGAGAAGGCAGCCUGGGAGGAGUGUGUCAAGCUGCGCGAGCACAUGUUUUGGGCCCGCAUCGGUGGCGGCGUCGUCCCAACCGCCCAAGCAGGGGUGCCAUCUGCGGCUGCCACGACGGCUGCGGCAGCGGCUGAUAAGGAGUCACGGCGCAGCGAAGAACGCGCCGGGCCUUUGCCGGUUUCUGGGAUUACUCUCUCGUCGGACGAGCGCGCGAGCGCCGCCAGGCCCCAGGACGGGCAAAACGAAACGACGCCUGAUGCUGACGCUGCCUCCACGCAUGGCGCGGAGCCCAAGGAGCCCCGGACCCCACCCGAGCAGACGGAUGGCAACACAAGCGACGACGACAAGUCGACGCACCCGCAUGAAUCGACCAACGACGCACCGCAGCAGCCUGCGACGCCGUCCGUUGCAGACUGA